GUUCAGUCGCAGCCACGAAGCAGCGCCGUGCGCGACGACGACGACGAGAACGACGAGGCGACGUCGGACAUUCGCGCACGUUACAUUUCUUCUCGUCGUCGGUCGUCUCGUUUUCGUUUCGUACGAAAGGAUUAUCUGAGAAGGAGUCUGAAAUUAAAUUUCGACAGUCGCGAGAUCUCAUUCAUUUCGAUCGAACGAGCCAACGCGGGUGAUUUCUUCGACAUCUCCCGCGUCGUGAGAGUGCGGUGUGUGUGUGCUCCGAAAUGGAUCGUCUCGGAUGAUACGACGGAGCGAAUACUUAUCGGGCACGCGGCGUGGAUGGUGAACCGCGAUGUGGCGGCCGAGUCUAUAAUUAACAGCGAAGAACGCGUCUGGCAGCGGAACGAGGUACCAUCCCUGCAAGAAAUUAAGCGACCCUCGAUGAAAACAUUCCACGAUAAAUCAGACGCAGAGUGAAAAAGUGAAGGAUGUGGCCGUCGAAUUACGGAUUUAUCGCCGGACGUGUUUCGAUAAGCGUCGCGUUUCGAACUGUGUGUCGGUGAACUAGAUCGAUAUGAAAUAAUAACGCAAUCUAUUUAAAAUAUACAUCGAGGAAAAAAUAAAGAUCAUAAACGAACAGCGUUGACAAGUUUUACUGAAUAAUGAACUUCUCUCUUGUUGGCAGUAUUAGGAUGUCAAAACGGAACAGAUCGAUCUUGAAACUUCAUAUAUAGUGGCUGAUUGUCUGGAAGGAUAACUUCCUUAUUAGUUUCCACGCACAUAAAUACGUAGUAACUUGAGAUAUCGUGCCCUUGUUUCAUCGUCGUUCAAUAUCAAUUUCCGAGAUGCGACGAAGCGUAUUACGGAACAAGAAUCGAAAUUAACUGCGUGACUCAUUCGACGAAGUGAUACUUUCGGUCACGUUUUACGAGCGGGAUAAUCUGGUAGAGGCCGAAUUAACCACGGCGAGCCGAAGGUUCUUGCCAGCGAAAAACGACGACGCAGAUCGGGGAUGAUGAUUAGAGCAUUCAUGCUCAAAAAGAGAACGCCGGCAUGACUUGAUCCACGAUUAAGAGAUCGAUCGAAGCUGAUCGAACGCUCUCGCUCUCCCCUCCUCCUCCCCCUCCUCUUGAGAGCAUCAAGCGAGCCGCGACGUGACCAUCAAUACCCUAAUAAAUGUCACUUGCACGAUCGAUUGGUACCUUUUGCCAGCCUAUGACAUAAAGAGGGGGCGAUUUAAAAGCGACAGAGACGACGGGUCAACGUUGUCGAAAACGGCUGUCGACAUUGGAUCGCGAUCGGAUGGAAGGACCCUCUUCGUACGGACAAAGUACGUAAUCGUGAUCGCCGACGAUCCACUUUCGGAGACUUUGAUAAUUAUCCACGAAUGGAGGAUGAACAACGGUGCGUGAGGGAGAGAGGCGGACACUUUUAAACCGAUGAGAUGACAGUGCUGUGCGUGCUGUGGGCUACUCUGUCCACCGUAGCCUCGAUUCUGGCGUGCUCCGGUUUUUAUUUGCCUUACUGGAUUCAGGGACGACUUCUGGGAAAGGCAGACGCAUACUUCAGUUCCUUUCGGCGUUGCAAUUACCCGCGAAUCAGGGCUCCCAACGCCACGCCCGAGAUAGUUUACGAGUGCGCGAGGUACUCCAGCUUUUGGGACAUACCGAGUGCCUGGUGGCAAGCGAGUACAGUCACGAUGGGAAUCGGCGUUGCGAUUGCCGUGAUCGGCGCCUUGACGCUUCUGGCAGCAGCGUCAUCAUUCCUCCCACACAUUCUAAAAACACCGAAACACACGAGAAUACUUGGCUCCUUGCAACUGCUCGCUGCAGCGAUGAUAUGCGGCGGUCUGUUCAUGUAUCCGAUCGGCUGGGAUAAUCGGGAAGUCCGCGAAUCCUGCGGGAAAGGGGCCAAUGUUUACAAUCUCGGGAAGUGCUCGCUGUCCUGGUCGAACCACUUACUGAUUGGCUCAGUCGCGUUGCUGAUGCUGUGCUUCGGCCUGAGCUUCUGCGCGGCGCAGCACAAGCCCACGAAUUCGCACACGGAUCCCCUGCGCAUUUGACAAUCGAGAUACUCGCAGUCGAUUCACGCCUACGCCUCGCCGAAGACGACCACGCUCUCCAUCGUCACGGUCUGUUGAUCGUCGCGCCUGUUGCGUGCAUGCGCCGUGCGUAAGUAUGCGAACGUCGUCGCCGCCGCCGCCGCCGCCACCACCACCAGCGCCUGUCGUCCACCCACAUCGCGGUGCGAAACAAGAUAUACAUGUGUUAUCGCGCGCAUAUAAACACGUCGCAACAUUUGCGCGGGAUCUGUCACGCGCGCGCGCGCGCGCGGAAUAUUUUCGCGAGUCGCGGCGUACUAGCGUGACGACUGCGAGUUGCGGACUCGCAUCUCAUACAUAUUUUACGUAUUUUUCGAUUCGGGGCGAGAAUGCAAAUUUUUGCGCCAUUUCGCGUCCGUUUAAUGCAUGGUUUAACGCAAACGCGCCAGCUGCGUAACUAGCCCUUUCCCCCCAUUGACACAUCUCACGCUACCGGUCGGCAUGACGCGAGCACUAUAAAUGAGCGUCGAGCUCAUAACAUAGUUCAUCGAUGAAUGAAACGAUUGACUAUUGAACGAUUAAGUGGGUAGGUACGAGUUGACAAUUUGAAAAAAUUAAUUUUCCUCUGCGUACUCUAAAUGUAAUGUGUCACAUUCACAUGUCGAACACGAAAAAAGUAUACGAUCCACAUUUAAGCUUGGUAAAUAACUUAACAAGCGUGUUUCCCGUAGAAAACGUUUCUAUUGUGAAGAAAUUUUCCUUUGCAAAAAUUUAGAAAUUUUUGUAAAAAAAUUUUUGAUAUCUCCGUUUUUUUUAAUAUGACUAGAUAUUUUUCCGCAAAAAAAUCUCAGGAUUGCAUCCAAAAUCCAUCCGGAUCUCGGAAGAUUGAUGAAACUUUUGACAGGUUAACGCAUAUCUACCCUCUCGAGGCAAAUCUUGCGCCUCUGUAUAUAGUAUACGCGACCUGUAUAUGUACGUAUGUAUAUACCGCGCUUAAAGUGAAUCUUAUAGUCUUGUUUCACAGCACAGAGUGCUCGAGAACUGUUACAGUAUUUCCAAUUUGAUACCAUAGUAAGCCCCGGGUGGAAGCGACGAAGCAAUUGGCAAUUCGCCUUUCAGCACUUUCAAUUCUCUCGCUGAGUAUAUAUACGGUGGCGCGCAAAGAUUCGGACCGAGAGAAAUACGAACACACAUACACACCUCUUUCGCGCCGGGACUUUGCAUUCAGAUACGUCGUAACGAUCACGGUAUCCGGGUGGACUGCAGCACUCUCCCUUCGAAGACCGAGAAAUCGCUAUGUGUAUCCCGGAAGAAGCCCUUCGGAUAUAUCGAUCGCACAGACAUGGAGAACGUUUCGACUCUCCAGAGAUUUGCACGUUUCUCUUAUUUAUCCUCGUCUCCGAUUCUUUCCUCAAGAUGCUAUUUCUUUCGUGAAAAUAAUGAUAUUGGUUUAACGAUGAUUGUCAGUGCGUGUUUAUCUUAGAAUUUAUCCAAAUAAGAUCCCAGAUUUCUUCGGAUAAUACGUGUCAUAUUUACUUUCCGCGCAAAAUAUCUUUUUACCUGACAUUUUUGUAAAAUGACAGAAAAGUGUUUUAAAUAUAUAUAGGAAAUUCUCACGUGGAGCCACUCUAUCAAACAAGUAAUUGUAUCCAUAUUGAAUCGCGCACGCAAGAGCGAGAGAGAGAGAGAGAGAGAGAGAAUGUCGAGAAAAUUGGGUUUAAGCCAGACGCGGAAAAUUUAGCGGCUAGCGAAAUCCGCGUAAUUAAAAGAUAAAAGGAUCAGGAAAGGUCGAAGUUCUGGGCUUCUAUAGCUGCGGGUAGUAGUUUAUUUGUAUCGUGGCUUCUAUCUAAACCAUUCGCAGAUCUUCUUGGCUUCAUUCUAUUUUCCAAACAAAAGAAAUCGUAGGACUGAGCCGAAUAGUUAAAAGAAGAAAAGUAUUUUAUCGUUUUAUGUUCGUGAUCUGCCUCGUUUGAUCUCCUAUCCGAUGGUUUAAUCACGAAUCGUGAUAUGUAUAAAUGAUAUAUAAUUUUUGUAAGAGCAUUCACCAGAGAUAUUUUAUUUUUCGUUGCUUGAGAAAAUUCGAAAACAAUCAGUGCUUCCGAAAGUUUUGUCGAAAGGAAAAACGGGUUGCGCGCAAUCCGGUCUCGCGGAAUCUCGCUAUACAAUUGCGCAUUCACGAAUAUUGAGUCACCCUGUACGACUCUCAGGUAAAAAAAAGUAGCCUGCGGUAUUUCUGCGCGUUAUAAAAAAUGUAAUAUUCGGGAUACGUAUAUGUGACCGAGGUAUAUAGGUGUAGCCUCAGUGAAAUUCACAACUGCGGACGCGGUUGAAUUUCACGUGUUGACGGAAUGGCGCGCACAAACGAUGGGCGCGCGUUAUUCGGUGAAGGCAUCGCUAUUGGCCGGAUAAAAAUCCAAGCUGAACAAACAGACCGGAGCACGCGCGGGAUCUCUAUGCAUCGCUUACUUCUUGCAUCGGGGAUUAAUCGCGGCUUUUUUUCAACCGCAUACACACACACACACACACACACACGCGCGCACGCGUGCGCACGAAAUAACGUACUCGUCGUGGUUACGCGUCUGAUAAAAACUGUUUCGCCGUGAAUAAAAGAAUCCGCGGUGAUAUGGUUACUGAUUCUGAUGCACUCUCUUUCGUUCUCUCUUUCUCAUUUUUUUUUUCCAUCGAUACGCGCACGAAAUAUGCGGAUCAUGGAGAUCGUCGCAAAUUCGAAAAAUAUCUCGGUUACUCGUUAUUGACGCAAAACGAAGUCAUGUUAUAUGCGUUGACAUGGCUUUCCCGAGGACAAUUUAGAACGCAACUGGUAAAGGUGUCAUAAAACUUGAAAGCUUUUUGGAUUAUACGCUUCGUAAGUUCAAUCUGGAUAGAGUGCUUAUCAAUGCAUAACGUUUCAAAAAUAUUGAUAAACGGAUCCCGGAUCGAGAAUACUGCUCUUAAAGAAAAUGAAAAAUUCGAAUUUAAAUAUUAUAUGGAAUAAAAUCGAAAACAGCUGAUAUAUAAAGCUAUAUAUAGAGCUGACAAUUGCGAUGUUAUUAUAGUUUAUUUGAAUAUUCUUCUCUCACAUCUAUCAACGUGCGCGUCAUAUCCUUAUUUUCCAACAAGACUUUCAGUGACUUUCGCAUCUCAAGACUCUCUAACUCGAUUCGUUCGUUAAGUCGUGAUUCGCUGACAGUAUCAAGAGGUGGAACUACUGCAUCGUGUUUUUCUCACGAGCUAUAACUUUAGGCUCCGUCGACGUAUCGUCCCCCGAGCAAAACUUAGCUAAAAAAAGGAAAGAGAAAGAGAGAGAAAAAAAAUGGGAAGGAAACGAGCUGCUGGUUCGGGAUCUAUCGAUCGACGGGUCGGUUUGUUCGCUCGUAGAGCGGAUGUACCGUCGUCUCCCUUGAGAAACUUUCGCGGUAAAACCUCUCCCGUUCGCAUGCGCAUUUCCCGUCGCAGUAUCCCGUCCCUCAUUCAUCCCGUUCCUCUUUCUCUUUUCUUUUUUUUUUUUUUCUCUCGCUCUCCGCUCCUCUCCACUACUCUCGUAUCACACCGAUCCCUUUCCCUCUUCCAUUUUUCGCUACGCGCUUCCACCACACGCCGCUGCCCGAUUCCACUUUGCCUCUUAUCGACUUCCGCCUUCCUUCCUAACCUAAGGACUCACCCGGCCAUUUCUCUCUGCGACCACUGUGUCGGCCGGUGAGGAAGGUGGGGAAAAGAGAUAGCCGGAAAAGCGAGUUCGUUCUCGUGACUAAUUGAGCUAUCGGUUUAUCCGCGAGAGAAAGAAAGAGAGGAGAUGGAGAGAGAUACGACGGGAGGGCUCGUGGGGGAAGGAACGGAACGAUUCAGGGGUAGAACGAGGAAUGUUUCAGCAAGCCAACCCAUCGUUUCCCUCACUCGGUCUUUCUUGUGUUUUCGCUCGCUCGACUCACGAGCACUUAUCGCGUGACCGGGCAGAGCAAGUGGCGGCCAUUUCACUGUCUCCAUAAACGUACAGUUUUGUAACCGGUUACCUUGCUUAGUUGUCCUUAGAGAGGCCAUAAGGGUCGCGAGCGGAUUCCUGUGUCGGUUUAUUCUCUCGCCGCUCUUCCGUUUAAUCUUAAUUUCGCUGAAGUCGUUUCGGCUUACCUACCGCGUAAUUCGGUCUCUCGGCAACGAAAAGUGAGACCAACGAUAAAGUACAUCUUACUUAAAAACGUCUACGAGAAUUUCCUGUCUAAUAUACAUUUAUAUUCAUUAUCGCCGUGGCAAAAAUAUGAACAAUAACCAGAUCUAAGUAUUAUUGCAUUAAUAUUAUAGCACUUUGUCGCGAGUCGUAAUGACGUAUAAAUGUGAAAAUAGUUAACAGGAUUACACGCUCUUCGACGUUAUAUCGAGAAAUGUCAAUUUCGAUAGCGAAGAAGAAACUUCUUCUAACUUAGACGAUUUCGAUGCCUCCAUUGUUCGCGAAGUUUCCGUUAUGUGAGUCUCGUCGCCACGAGACAAUUUACAGCGAUUGGUCGUGCGAUCAAAUAAUCUCCUCUUUUGUCUGAUAUUUAUUAAAUACUUCUAAAGUCUGCUUAUUGAUUAAUUAUUGAUCUAAAUUGCUGCUGUAGUUAUUAAUUGUUUAUGUAAUUUAUAUAACUUAGUUAUUUCACUGAUUUGGUCCCGUUUUACUAUUUUUGCAGAUGUAAUUUUUUUUUAAGGAUACCGAGUGUGAAUUGAUGAGGAUGCGAGUGUGAAUUUUCUCCUAAUUAGCGUUUGCUUGAAUUUUUACGUCUAUAAAAUUCAGAGAGUUUUUUCUUCCAAUUUAUGAUUAAUUAAUUGAUAUUUAAUUCCUAUUCUUCAAUUAUACUAUUAUUCAUCCGACAGAAUGGUUACAAAUUGAACUGUUUGGAUGCAAGGUCGCAGCACAAAAGAGCCACGCUAAUUCAUCUUUCGUGUGCCCUUUGAUUAGCUUCUGCCUGUGAUCGAACAGCGUAAAGCUUUCUCGCUAAUUUGACACUUUCGAUGCGCGAUCCAAUAAUGAAGGAUAUUGGUUGACGGUGUUUCCCGAGAGUCUGGGCGAUGGUUGAGCGAUUGUGAUUAAUUCUGUCAAAUUGCUAGCAGCUUCAUAAGACGAUUAUCAUUAUAAGGCAAUAAGGAUUCGAUUGAUCGAUCGGUUAUUACCUACCACAUCCUUAAUCGUUUGUUUAUUUUCCUCACAGCAUGAAGGCAAUUGGUCUCAGUUGGUGUUAUAUUACGACCACAUAAUUUUUUAAACAUUUUUAUAAAAAAUUUCUUAAAAAGUUAGGUUUUCCUCUUUUUAUUAAAUUUUCCAAGCCAUGAUCGAUAUAUCCGAGCAAUAUGCGCGUAAAUGAAAUCGACGAGGCAAAUUGAUUAUGACAUCCAUAAUCAAUCGCGCUUCCCAUAUGUCGUUAUAUGUACAUUUUUUCAUCUUCGACCAUACUAUCAGAAUCGGUGUACCGAAUAUUAACUAUAUUAACGUAUUUUCAUCUAGUGCGAUUUCAUAUUGCAGGAAUUAAGGACCACGCUAAUUCGGAUCGAUACAUCGUGAAAGUGCGUGUAAAUAUGAAUUCUUGAUGAGAAAAAGAGAGAGAGAGAGGCCAUUGCUGUUACACCUAUCGUUUUGUAAAAGAAAGACGAUUGUGCGUUAGAGAGUAUGCGUUAGAGAGUAUGCAAGCAUCAUAGUUUUAUCAAACUAUUUUACGACAUUCGCGGAGAAGCACGUUGCACAAAAUAGUAUUCAGAAAUAAUAUCCUCGCAAUAACCGAUCAGUCUCUAGAGAAGAGUUUUGUAAUUAAAAGUUUUACUUAAAAAUAAAUAAAUUUUUUAUUAAAAACAAUUAA